AUGGAAAGUGCUGACAGUGCAAAGAUUUCAUCUUUGAUUGAACGGCUACAAGGCAACAACGCAGGUUUGAAUAAAGGUAACGCCGAGCUGGAAGAGCUUAUUCCAGAGGACGAGUUCGCUACAGAGUUUGAAGCUGUGUUGACAUAUCAAGACGCUGCGCUAGAAAUGCUGGGACAGCUGAAGGCUCGGGAGUGGCAAUUGCGUCAAAACCCUUGUUCUACGACAACCCAGUCUCUACCUGCAAGGCCAUCCCAGAUGCCCGAGGAUCGCACACCGCGCAAGGCAAUCAAGCUUCCCACACUCCAGCUGCAGACAUUUGACGGACAGCUCUGCCACUGGCCUUCCUUUUGGGAGCAGUUUAAGACCUCUGUGGAGGAAAACGAAAACCUGAUAAAAGGAGAAAAGUUUCAAUAUCUAAAGACUCUACUGAAAGGGGACGCAGCCGCCGCAAUUUCUGGUCUGCAAGCGACGGCCGAGUGCUUCGACGAUGCCAUCGAGAUUCUGAAGAGUCAUUUCGGAGAUAACCGGUGUAUCGUACAGGACCAUCUACGCCGACUGCGUGCUCUACCAGCAGUUGAUUCUUCGGAAGACGUCUACAACCUUCGAAAGCUGUUGGAUUAUGUGCAGUGUCACAUCAGAGCCAUCCGUGAGCUGCCUGUCGAGGAAGUGGCUUCGGAUAUUUUUGGUCGCAUGGCACGGGUCAAGGAAGAUUACCUGGUCAGGGUCAUGAUAACCGUGCGGAAGGAGCCCAUGUGCUUGAACAUUGUGGUGUUUCCCGAGUAG